UCGAGCGUCCCCAUAUAAGCAACGCCUGGAACCGGCUCCGCGUACAAGUGGCGGACUAGGCAGGCGGUGAGGAAGUGCGACUAAUUUUCAGAUUUUUUCGCGCCUUCGGCAGUUCGUAAGCAGACCACCACCGAGAACGGAGCGGCUGCUCAGAUCGAGGCAUGAUGAAGCCACUGGAAACACUGGCCACAAUCCUGGCGGUGAGCUGCUUCCAGCUCUCUCUCGGCCAGACGGAGAAGGAACAGAAGCUCAUCGCAGCGAACAAUGAAUUCGCCAUUCAGCUGCUCAAGGUGCUUCCUAGCCCACCGGACGACAACGUCUUCUUCUCGCCGUACAGCCUCUCGACAGCCCUCGGCAUGGCCUUCAUGGGAGCCAGAGGUGCCACGCUACAGGAGCUCGCCCAAGCGCUCGGAUACAGCGCCGCCUCGCUCAGCGAGGGCGACGUUCAGGAGUGUUUCUACCACCAAAACUCCAGGCUGCAGGCGCACGCCCGCCAAGCCGGCCUCGAAGUAGCCAAUAGUGCAGCGGUCCAGGAGGGCUUCAACAUCCUCGAGAGUUACUACGAUAUUCUGAAUGGCACCUUCAACGCGCACGUCUUUAACGUUGACUUCCAGCACAACGGUCAGCAGGCAGUGGACACCAUCAACGAAUGGGUCAAGCAGGCGACGGACAACAAGAUCGACAAGAUAUUCAGCGAACCACUGGACACCAACACGCGGCUGGUGCUCAUGAACGCGAUACUCUUCAAGGGAUUUUGGGAACGCGAGUUCCAGCCAAGCCAGACGACUAAGCAUAUCUUCUACAACGGCGGCAUCCACGGCACUCAGGUGGACACCAUGUUCGUGCGGCACACGACCAAACGCGGCUUCUCGGCGCCGCUGCAGUCGAAAGUACUGGAGCUUCUGUACCGUGACACUGAUUACAGCAUGGUCAUCGUACUUCCUCAGGCACGGGAUGGCGUGGAAGCUGUGAAGCAGGUUCUCACUAUGGAGAAACUCAACGCAGCCAUUGCGUCGCUUAGGAGCCUCCCCGUGGCCAUUUCCCUUCCCAAGUUCAAACUGGACAAAUUAAACCCACUGAAAAGCAACCUGACCCACUUGGGCUUGAGGAGGAUAUUCGGUGAUGCGGACUUGUCGGGCAUCGCGGGCAACCGUCAGCUAGUCGUGUCCGACGUGCUCCAGCGUGCUGUGGUCGAGGUCAACGAGGAGGGCACCGAGGCAGCGGCAAUAACCAUCGCCGACGCCGUCAACCGCGCCGGCUUUGGGACAUACCCCUUCACGGCUGACCAUCCGUUCAUCUUCUUCAUCCGCGACCGCAAGACCAACGAGAUCUUCUUCGCCGGACAAGUGAACAAGCUCAAAAGAAGGCCCCCCGCAUGGGAGUGUGAAGAGCGCAGCGGCAGCAGAGAUCCACCGGUCCAACCCGACAGAAACGAAACCACCAUGUACCGCCUGCUGUGCCUGGUUGCUACUGCCACCGUGAUGGCGACGGCCGCCGACCCCGAGCCCGAGGAUCGAUGGAAACUAGCCCGCGCCAACAAUUUCCUCGGCCUGAACCUACUCAAGGCCCUGCCAAGCAACGCCAAUACGAACAUAUUCUUCUCACCCUUCAGCGUGGCGACGGCCAUGGGCAUGGCCUACGCUGGCGCUCGAGGUGACACAUUGGAACAGCUUACGCUCAACUUCGGUUACGCCCCCGACGAACUCAACGACCAGAAGGUCCUGGCACUGUUCAAGGAGCAGCUGGAAGCGGCGCGCGACUUGCCUCACGAAUACACGCUAGACAUCGCCAAUGCAGCGGUAGCUCAAGAAGGUUACGGUGUCCUACCCAAUUACACGGAGGCUCUGAUGAGCUCGUUUGGAGCCGAGUACCUCGAGGCCGACUUCAGCAAGAAGGGGCAAGAGGCCAUCGACAAGAUCAACAAGUGGGUCAGCGAAAAGACGCACGGCAAAGUUCGCAGCCUCUUCGACGAGCCGCCGGAUUUCUCCACCCGGCUUAUCCUGCUCAACGCCGUUUACUACAAGGGUACAUGGCUCUACGAGUUCAACAAACUGCGGACCAAACCGCGCUCCUUCUACAACGGCGGCGUCACCAAAGUCCUAGUACCCGUGAUGAAAAUGAAGUCAACGCUGAACCACACUUUCGACGCGGCGCUGAACGCAGACGUCGUGGACCUGCCAUACGUUGGUAGCGACAUUGCCAUGACCAUCCUGCUUCCCAGUGAGCGCAACGGCAUCGAACACCUCAAGUCGGCGCUCACCACUCAGAACCUGAACAAGGCCGUCGCGAGGAUGUACCCGAAAGACAUGAAGCUCAAGCUGCCAAAGUUCAAGCUGGACACCAAAUACACACUCAAGCCAACCCUAGAGUCACUGGGUAUCAAAAAGAUCUUCUCCGCAGACGCAGACUUGUCCGGGAUCAGCGGCGCCAAGAACCUGUACGUCUCGGACGUGCUGCACAAGGCUGUGCUGGAGGUGAACGAAGAAGGCAGCGAGGCCGCGGCCGUGACCGGGUUUGUGAUCCAGCUGCGCACGGCGGCGUUCGUAACGCCACCGCCGUUGCCUAAGGUGUACGUCGACCACCCGUUCAUAUUCCUCAUCCGAAACGUCAACACCAACACUAUCAUGUUCCUGGGAGAGAUCAACGCCCUCUAAGUCACCGCGUCCCACUCGCUUAAGCCAUCAUAUCGUGCCAUUUCUCUUUCACUUUGUGGACUUCGCUGGUGACGACGUAAAGUGUUGCCGCUGGACCUAACCACGACCUUGGUAUGUUUUCCUUGUGCUUAGUGCAAAAUAUUAUAGAUAAGAACUGUGACUGCUUUCCUCAAUAGCAUUAGCGUCCACGGCCUGUUUCUCAAGGGGCACGCUUCCGUUAGAUGCGGCAAUACUUUGAUGGCCCCUUUGAAUUUCCUUUUGUAUCUGAUAUUACUUACGCUGGGACUUAUUAAUAUACUUAUCUUACCCUUCCUCGUGCUUUAUAAUGCGCACCAAAGCUUCAGCAUCGAUGCAGGGCCAAAAAGGUUUAGUCUAGUCUUCCGGCACACGUCUUGAAUGCAUGUCAUACAAGGGUUCACCAUCCGCCCUCAGUGCGUCGUCUCUGCAAGCCCUUCAUAAUCAUAAGAGUACCAAGAAUUCGAUGUUGUGAAAAUGUUCAUGUUCGUGCGUGUUUAUAGCAUAUGUGUACAGCGAUGCAUCUGGACAAUUACGGGUCAAUAUACAGAUCAUGGUCACAAUGCUGCGACAAUGCUGUGAAAUAAAAUGCGUAUCUAUGUUUCGUUUUA